CAUCAUUCUCUUAAUGGUGGUGUUUGGACAGUUCAAUCCCAGCGACUACAGCGCCGAUGGAGAGCAUCUCCCUGACAUUACUCACCAGUCUGUCAAAAUAGCUAAAAGCUGAGACAUCAUGGACAUCCUGAAAUCACUGGGACAUCCGGAGGAGAUAAUCAACCUGUUUAAAUUUAAGAUGGGAGGAUGCAGAGCCGUCAUGCCAAAGUUGGAUUAUGAGUCCAUGAGCGUCAGCCUGAGGACCUGUUACGUGUAUCUGAACCAGACCAGUCGGAGCUUUGCGGCUGUGAUCCAGGCGCUGGACGGAGAGCUGAGACAUGCGGUUUGCAUCUUCUACCUUGUUCUCCGUGCGCUGGACACAGUGGAAGACGACAUGACCAUCCCUCUGGAGAAAAAGGUGCCCAUGCUUAACAAUUUCCACACCUACCUGUACCAGGAGGAGUGGUGCUUCACCGAGAGUCAUGAGAAGGAUCGUCAAGUUCUGGAGGAUUUCCCCACGAUAUCACUUGAAUUUAGAAACCUUGCUCAGGAAUACAGAGACGUCAUCUCAGAUAUUUGCCACCGGAUGGGAGUCGGGAUGGCUGAAUUUCUGGAAAAGAAGGUGGGAUCCAUGAAAGAGUGGGACCAGUACUGCCACUACGUCGCUGGGCUCGUUGGUAUUGGUCUGUCCCGGCUCUUCUCAGCCUCCCAGCUGGAGGAUCCAGAGGUGGGACGGGACACAGAGCUGGCAAACUCAAUGGGCCUGUUCCUUCAGAAAACCAACAUCAUCCGGGACUAUCUUGAAGACACACAGGAGGGACGGGCCUUUUGGCCUAAAGAGGCAUGGAGCCAGUUUGCAAGUCGCCUGGAGGAUCUGGCCCAGCCUGAGAAGCUGGAGUCUGCUCUGUCCUGCCUCAACCUGCUGGUCACAGAUGCUCUGCGUCACGUCCCUGAUGUCAUUGCCUACCUGUCUCGGCUGCGCAACCAAAGCGUCUUCAAUUUCUGUGCCAUUCCUCAAGUGAUGGCCAUAGCUACCCUUUCAACAUGCUACAACAACCCCAUGGUGUUUCAGGGUGUGGUGAAGAUCAGAAAGGGCCAGGCUGUCACCCUCAUGAUGGAAGCCACCAACAUGAGCGCUGUGCAGACCAUCAUCGCCCAGUACAGCCAGGAGAUCUUACAGAAGGUCUCCCUCAAUGAUCCGUCGAGGGACAAGACGUUGCACAUCCUGGCUUUGAUCCAAGAGAAAUCGGCCCUCCCGCAGCCCGCCCUCAGCUCCAGGAACCACCACCUUUCUCCUGUGUACCUGUCAGCUGCCAUGCUGCUGGCUGCUCUGAGCUGGCAGUAUCUCAAUACUACAGCUGCCCCGGCGCAGAGCACCGGGGACAUGCAGUGACGCUUCCUGUAGCUCACAGACUGGAAAAUGCUGCUUCUCUCCCCUCUCUGGACUUUUAGUCCUGCUCCUUCUUUGGAAACCUGGGCAAUGUCUUCCCACAUUGGCUGUUAAAGAACCACAGACUGGCUGAACUUCGGGGUUCUUAUUUGCAGCAUGACCUCAAAAACGUUUUUGGUUUUGAUAUGUUCUCAUCCACCAUGCAUUUGCUGCAAAAGGUGAUUUUAGGAUUGUAGGGAACAGCCAUUGACCUUUAUGAAGCUUAGGUUGAAUUCUGUCUGAACCUUUUAGCUGUAUAUAAUUAUGUUAUAAUCCCAAUUGUGAGAAACACUUGAAAGAAUGUUAACUUUUGCACUGUUUGAUCACAGACAGAUUCCAUUAACAGAUUUAGGUAAUUUUCUAUUUCAUUCAGUUUGGACUUUCUUCAGAAAUACAGAGGAAAUAUUUAUCUGCUAGUUACAUCACACAUGCAUUAAUAAAUGGGGAAAAAAAGGAAAAUAUAUUUUGAACAAAAGGAAUUUGUUAGCAAAGUGUCCUUAACAGCUUUGGUGAGUAGAAAGGCUAGCACUAAGUAACCUUGUACAGAACCAAAGGAGAGUUACAAGCAUUGCUAUGUAAUGUGACGUUUUCAUUUGUACAUAUUUGAGGAAAUAAAGAAAUGCAAUC